AUGAACGUGAUGCGGGUGGUGAAAAUUGCUUCCUACUUCUGUCACGGAGACAACUUUGUCAAUUUGCUGCUGACUCUAAAGCGGUGUGUGGACGGCCUUUGCAGGACAAUUGAGUGGAUUACAAGAGGGGCGCAUCGUUACUACGUGGAAGACAACGCAAGGAUCCAAGUUAUCUCCUUUCUUCUCGAUAAUGGACCACUUCUCAUUAUUUUGGCUGAAGUCAACCCAACUGUUGAAGGCAUUUGCAAUCGACUAAGAGCGUGUGAGAAAAAGAAAGACUUCGUUCCAAGCCGUAGAUGCAGAGGUGGAAUGUAUAAAUCUUGUUAUGACAGUUGCAUUGACCACAUUGGUUGCCUGAACAUAACCUUGUGUGCUUAUGAUAAAUUUGUGGCGAAACUAGAAAAUGGUCAAAGGACUAUACUGUCUGCUUCGUCUACCCUCCACGCCAAGAAAGCUUUCCUGAUGUUUUACCUCAAAUAUGUUCGCGGGAUUCAUGCUAUUACUCCUUAUCAUGAGUCGGCACGGUUUGCUAUAGAUGCUUGUCGUGGACUGAAGAAAGAAUGA